GUGGUGGGUGGUGAGGAGGAGUUUGAGAAGUAUGAAGAAGAUCAAUUACUACAAGAAGAAGAUGAAUAUGGAGAUGCGACUGAUUAUGUUGAAAGUUAUUUUGAUAAUGGCGAAGGCGAUGAUUUGUAUGAUGACGGUGGUCAAAACGAAACAUAUUUCGAUUGA